CAAAGGGCACGGUUUGAUUGACGGCUGCAUUGCGCAAUCAGAAACCGAGGCGGCGAGGCACCGUCGGGAAAGGGGACCAAUCAGGUGGAGGGAGGCGCGGGUAGUUCAGCGCGGGCGGCCGAGGCGAUGGCCAGUUUUCCUUACGAUCCGAAUUACCGUGGGUCACCUGGACCUGCACCAGGAGCUCCACCAGGAAGCUACUUUUCAAGGGCACACCAACCUGGGAGUCAGUAUGGUACCCAUUCUGGGGGCCAGUUUGGUGGGCCACCACCAGGCAGUCCUUAUGGAGGCGCACAACCAAGUGCACCUUAUGGGACAGCUGGGCAAUAUGGAAGCCAAGUGCCAGGAGCCCCGUAUGGAGCCCCAUCACCUGGCGGGUACUACGGAGACCCUGGACAGGGAGGUGGAUAUGGGCCUUCAGCACCAGGCGCUCCCUAUGGAAAUCCAGCACCAGGUGGUCCAUAUGGAGGACCGGCAUAUGGAGGUCCACAUCCAGGGGGAUAUGGAUCUGGUGCUCCCUCAGCUGGUGGUGCUCCUCCAGGCAUUGAUCCAGAAGCCUACUCCUGGUUCCAGUCAGUAGACGCAGAUCGCAGUGGCUAUAUAACACUGAAGGAACUCAAGCAAGCACUUGUCAACAGCAACUGGUCAACUUUUAAUGAUGACACCUGCUACAUGCUGCUGAAUAUGUUUGAUAGGAAUAAAAUCGGUAAGAUCGAUUUGCACGGCUUUUCAGCAUUGUGGAGGUUUCUUCAGCAGUGGCGUACCAUGUUCCAGCAGUUUGAUCGAGACCGAUCAGGGACCAUAAACCCCCAGGAGCUGCAACAAGCGCUCUCUCAGAUGGGUUACAACUUAAGUCCACAGUUUGUCCAGUUCCUUACAUCCCGGUAUGCACGGAAACCAGCUCAAACCACCAUUCAAUUAGACAGUUUCAUCCAGAUUUGUACCCAGUUGCAGAGCAUAACUGAUGCCUUCAAAGAGAAAGACACCAGCCAUACCGGAAGUGCCCGUUUCAGCUACGAGGACUUCCUCAUCCUUGCUGUAUCACGCAUGCUAUGAUUUGAUGUAAUGACUGGAAUCCAAGAGAAGUUAACAGUUAUGAUAACUUUCCUUUCACCUACAAUGGAUUAAUAUAGAAAUGUAAAACUAUUGGGAUGCAAAUGAAAGGGUAAUUUAAAGUGGCUGAGAGAUCUGCACUCUCCUGAACAACCAGUUAUGGACCAAUGUACCAAAGCUGUACUUCCAAAAUAUUGCAAAAUUAAUUUUGUAAAAUAAUUCACUCACGUAUUACAGAAACCCUCUGCUAUGAUAAUGUAUACGCUAACUUUAAGUGUUGCAUAUAUUAAAACAGUUCAAAAUGAAGCUAGGUCCUGCUGUAACACUGACCUGGGUAAAGAGAUUUCAUACAGUAUAUUCCAGACUUGAGGCCUGUGGUUUGGACUGCAAAUCUUGUUUUUAUAUUUAUAUAGAAUAGUGUGUAAUAGGCUGCAUUUUCCAUGUAAUGAUCUAUAAUUAUUUUGCCUCCUGACAAUUAAAAGAAUUUCAAAU